AUGUCGUCUAAAGUAUCUCGCGAUACGCUCUACGAGUGCGUUAAUGCGGUCCUCCAGGCAUCGAAGGACAAAAAACGCAAUUUCUUGGAGACAGUCGAGAUUCAAAUCGGUUUGAAGAACUAUGACCCGCAAAAGGACAAGCGUUUCUCAGGCACUGUCAAGCUAAAGUACAUUCCUAGGCCUAAGAUGCAAGUAUGCAUCUUGGGAGAUCAACAGCACUGUGAUGAGGCCAAAACCCAGAAUGUACCGUGCAUGGAUGCAGAGGCUCUGAAAAAGCUGAACAAGAACAAGAAACUUGUUAAGAAGCUAGCCAAGAAAUAUGAUGCUUUCCUGGCAUCUGAAUCGCUGAUUAAGCAAAUUCCCCGUCUGCUUGGUCCUGGCCUCAACAAAGCUGGCAAGUUCCCUGGUCUCCUCUCCCACCAGGAGUCCAUGACACAAAAGAUUGAUGAGGUUAAAGCAACUAUCAAGUUCCAGAUGAAGAAGGUAUUGUGCCUAUCUGUGGCGGUCGGCCACGUGGACAUGACCCCCGAUGAGCUAGCACAAAAUGUACACUUGUCAAUCAACUUCCUCGUGUCCCUGCUCAAGAAACACUGGCAGAACGUGAGGUCGUUACACAUGAAGUCCACAAUGGGUCCACCCCAGAGAUUGUACUAA